AUGAGAGCGACUCUCGUCCGACUCCGCGCCGGCACUCGCCUGACAUUAUUCACGCGUGCAAACUGUGGGCUCUGCGACACGGCGAAAACACGCAUUCAGGAGUUUCAGAACCGGAGAGCGGGCAUUGACUACUCCGAGAUCGAUAUCUCUGGCCCCGGACAGCAGAAUUGGCGCGAUGUUUACGACUUCGAUGUCCCCGUUCUACACAUCGACGGGGCGCUGGAACAGGGGCAGACUACAGGCUUGGAUGCGGCCAAGAAACUAAUGCAUCGCUUCACGGUGGAUGAAAUCGAGGCUGCGGUGGCUCAAGUCGAGAAGAACGGGUCUUGA